AAUAUGGCUUACACCGACAUCAAGUGGUCAUAAACGAAACGACCGUUACUGUUACUGAUUUGCCUUAACUGAAAAUGAAACUAAAAGUAAAGCCAGUAGCAGCUAACCAACCGUCGACUGAAAGGGGAAACACACGGAUCAGAUUCAGCUUCUUGCAGUCUGUCCGUCUACCAAAGGAAAAUGAGGGAAGUGGCAGUAUGCGGAUCAUUCAUCCUUUUUUUUGACUUGGUGCUGAGUUCGGCACUGUGGGCUGGACUGGUGUUGCUGGAGUGCUCCAGCUGUGGUGGACUGGCAGGUGUGUGGGCCUUUGGGGCGGUAAAGUGGGCCGCUCUGCAUUUUUUCACUCUUACACUGACUGAUGGAAAGCCCGAGGCUGUGCUCCGCAGGUUGGUAGCGCUCCUCUGCCUUCUCUCUCCUGCGUUUGAAAGUGGACGGAUACUCAUGGCGCCUCCCUCGGAGCCUUACACCGGACCGACUCCUAACCUCAGCAUGCUGCUCCUGGGGCCCUUGUCCUCAUUAAUGGCCUGUAUGAUUUGGGAAAAAGGCCUCUGCGGUGAUGGAAAGAUGAAAAAGGACGACCAGAACCUGGAUACUAGGCGGUUGCUUAUGAGGGUGUUAAAAUACUUCAGACCAGACGUCCUUUACCUGAUUGCGGCUUUCAGUUUCCUCAUCUUAGGUGUCAUCUGUGAUACAUUUAUCCCGUGGUAUCAGGGGAAGGUCAUCGAUAUGCUAAAAGGUCAAUUUCUUCAUACAAAUUUCUAUUAUGCGAUCGGACAGCUGACUCUUGUCUCUCUUGGAAGCGCUCUGUUCUCUGGCUUGAGAGGAGGCAUAUUUAUGUGCUCCUUGGCUAGACUGAACAAGAGAUUGAAGCAUCUGCUAUUCCACACCCUCCUGCAGCAGGAAGUGCACUUCUUUGACGAGAACAACCCUGGACGUCUUUCCUCCCGCCUGCACUCAGACGUGGACAGGAUGGGCCGCACAGUCGCGCUGAACGCCAACGCGCUGGUUCGCAGCACAGUCAAAACCCUCCUCAUGCUCACUGUGAUGUUACGCCUGUCCUGGGAGCUCACUGUGCUCACCUGCAUAGAGAUGCCACUCCUGGCCAUAAUACAGAACAAAUACAUCACCUUGUCCAAGGAGCUGAAAGACCAGAUCCAGGAAUGCCACGCUCAGAACAAAGAUCUGGCCCACCAGACCAUCAGCGGGAUCCAAACAGUCCGCAGCUUUAAAGGAGAGAAAGAUGAACUGAGGAGGUAUAAUAAGGCUCUGGACCAGAUGGGCUCUAUCAAGAGACAGUCAGGAAUCUACAGUGCAGUUUUCCUCUUAAUACGGAGGAUGGUGAGUCCGGGGAUAAAGAUAAUUAUGCUAUUACAGGCUCGCAGUCUCAUCUCCUCCGGUCAGCUCAGCAUCGGUAGUCUCGUGUCCUUUUUCUUGUACCAGAAGCCCAUGUCAAACAAUUUAAGGGAGAUUUUGUAUUGCAUUGGAGAGACCGUGUCAACAGUUGGAGUCAUCUCCAAAGUGUUCGGCUAUCUUGACAGAACACCGAAAUGUAAGAAGGAGGGAGAUUUGGCUCCCGAGAAGCUGCGGGGAGGAAUUGUUUUCCAAAAUGUCACCUUCACCUACCCGUCAUCUCCUCAAGAUAAACCUGCACUGAAGUCAGUUUCUAUGGAGCUGAAGCCAGGGGAGAUGACAGCGCUGGUGGGUCCAUCGGGCAGCGGAAAGACUUCCUGUGUCAGCCUCCUGAAGAGGCUGUAUGAACCUCAGGAAGGACAGAUCCUGCUGGAUGGAGAGCCACUGCACCAUUACAAACACAAAUACUUCCAUCGAAAGGUGGCCGUGGUAUCCCAGAAUCCUGUGCUGUUCUCUGGCUCACUGAGAUACAACAUUGGAUACGGCCUGAAGGGCUGCACCAUAGAGAAGGUGAAAGAAGCUGCAGAGAAGGCCAACGUAGAUGCCUUCAUCUCUGAGCUGGACGAUGAAUAUGACACAGAUAUAGGAGAAUGUGGUGGCAAGCUUUCAGGCGGACAGAAGCAGUGCAUCGCCAUCGUCAGAGCUCUGGUUCGAGAUCCGCAGGUCAUCAUACUGGACGAGGCCACCAGCAAACUGGAUGUUGACGCGCAGCACACUGUGCUGCAGGAGUUUCUGUCUUGUGGUCGGACAGUUCUGGUGGUGGCUCAUCAGCUGAAGACUGUGGAGAAGGCAGAUCACAUCAUCUUCAUGGAGAAGGGCGUAGUCGUGGAGGAGGGGACUGACGAACAGCUCAUGGCCAAGAGAGGACGCUACUAUCGUCAGAAAGAGGAACUGUUCUCUUCAGUCAGCUGAGAAAAAGGCUCAGUUUGUGCUAGUUUCAGUUAGUUUUGCUUUCGACGGGCCGACACCCAUUAACCGAUGACUAACCGGUUAAUUUUUAAGAAAAGUUGUGACGUAUUUUUCGUUUGUGAGAGCUGUCCGACAGUCGGCGGUCAGAACUAACGUUAGCCUGACUUUUAGCUCAUCCUUCUUCUCCUCAAAGUGUUUUAAAUGAGUUUAGUCACAGUAGCUCUCAAUGGCAUAAGGUACUCGGGCUCAAGGUAUAAAUAUAAAUGAUAAUACGACCCUGCUUAUAAGAUGACCCCCCCCCCUUUUCCACCAGCUGUUUUUUUAAAAAUAACAUUACUUUUUGAAUAUGACUUACAUCAUAGCAUAGUUACAUACUCACACACUCUCCUGCCAGGCUCUUGGAAGUGGUAAACAAAUUAUUUUCUCCGGCAGUUAGCAUUUA